GAGAGAAAGCAGGAGGCAGGGGUGCUGAGGGAGAAAAAGGCUGAGAGCGGGAGUCCUACUCAGUCAGUCGGCGCGAGCAGCCGCUGGGAGGGGAGCGUUUGGACCAGCAUCCUGAACUUUACGCACGCCGGGGCGUUCACGGCUUCUCUCAUGGAGUGGAAAACAGAAGUCCUGACGCGGCUCUGCGCCUGCUGCUGGAUCCUCAUCAGCCCCGAACCCCGUCGUGGCUCCGUGUGCCGAAUAAGUCCUUCAUUAGACGUCUUACGUCCAAAUCCAAACUCACCGCUGGUUCGCGGAGUCUGGUUUUCCUGCGGUGUAAACUUCAGGCUGGCUCUGCUUCUGUGGGCAGCGCCGGCGGACGGCUGGACGCGCGUUCACACCGAGGACGCCCUCUUCAGCAGCCUGUUCGGAGGCUACAGCAAGUGGACGCGGCCGGCACGGAACAUCAGCGACGUGGUCAUCGUUAAGUUCGGCCUCUCGAUCGCACAGCUGAUAGACGUGGAUGAGAAAAAUCAGAUGAUGACCACCAACGUGUGGCUGAAACAGGUGAUCCAGUCUGAGUCAUCCAAGUCUGUGAGUGGAAACCCGUUUCAGUACUUGAGAGAUGACCAGAUCUGUGUUGAAAUCCAACAGGAGUGGACGGACUACAAACUCAAGUGGAGCCCCGCGGAUUUCGACAACGUGACGUCCAUCAGAGUUCCCUCUGAGCUCAUCUGGGUCCCGGACAUCGUGCUGUACAACAACGCCGAUGGGGAGUUCGCCGUCACCCACAUGACCAAGGCCCAGGUGUUCCACACCGGACGCGUGCGCUGGGUGCCGCCGGCCAUUUACAAGUCCUCCUGCUCCAUCGACGUCACCUUCUUCCCGUUCGACCAGCAGAGCUGCAAGAUGAAGUUCGGCUCCUGGACGUACGACCGCGCCAAGAUCGACCUGGAGCCCUUUGAGAGCACGGUGGACCUGAAGGACUACUGGGAGAGUGGAGAGUGGGCCAUCGUGGACGCCGUUGGCACCUACAACACCAAGAAGUACGACUGCUGCCGCGAGAUCUACCCGGACAUCACCUACUACUUCGUCAUCCGCCGCCUCCCGCUCUUCUACACCAUCAACCUCAUCAUCCCGUGCCUGCUCAUCUCCUGCCUCACCGUGCUGGUCUUCUACCUGCCGUCGGACUGCGGCGAGAAGAUCACGCUGUGCAUCUCCGUGCUGCUGUCGCUCACCGUCUUCCUGCUGCUCAUCACGGAGAUCAUCCCCUCCACCUCGCUGGUCAUCCCGCUCAUCGGCGAGUACCUGCUCUUCACCAUGAUCUUCGUCACGCUGUCCAUCGCCGUCACCGUCUUCGUGCUGAACGUGCACCACCGCUCGCCGGAGACGCACGGCAUGCCCCGCUGGGUCCGGAGGCUGUUCCUGGCGGCGGUGCCCCGCUGGCUGUGCAUGAGGCGCCCGCGCCACCCAGCCCGUUCCAUAAGGCGAGUACAACGGCGAAGGGUCCAAACGGGAUGGUCAGUUUCUUGCUGUCAGUCUCAUCUUACGGAUAAAUUCCCGCCUGAAUCCACCUGGGACUCCCAGGAAUCCAUCAUUGAUCUCCAAGGUUGCCAGGACGACAGCGUGGGCCUCCAGCUGGAUUCGUUAUUCUCCGGGGAAGAGCUCAACCGCCACAAUCUCCAGGUCUGUCCGGACAGGCGUCGUUCGGAGAGGUUUGGGGUGAGGACGGCCUACCGGGACAGGACCCCCCUCCCGUCUCCACCCACCCCUCGGCCUUUUAGUUUGGACUGGAGCUCAGCUCAUCAUCUCAUGUACAGAGGGUCCCCCAGUCUUCUGUCCCCCGCGGUCCUGGCGGCCCUUGAGGGGGUGAAGGAGGACUGGAAGUACGUGGCCAUGGUCGUAGAUCGCAUCUUCCUGUGGAUGUUUAUUCUGGUGUGUCUGCUGGGAACCGUCGGGCUCUUCCUGCCUCCGUGGCUCUCUGGGAUGAUUUGA